UGAGCGUUAUUGAUGUAGGAGGAGCUCCAUUGAAACCUGUGAUACUAAGGGUGUGAUCUCCUUUCAGUUUCAGAUGUUAGAGUCMCAGCACCAACAACAGUCUCUCAAGCCAUGGACAUCAUAGAUCCCAUCUUGGGCAUAGCAGAGAAGCUUUACUCUCUAUGUGGUGAAGUGAAAGCCAAUAAGAAGCGCUGUCAGCGUUUGGCCCAGCGCAUAAAAGCCUUGGAAGAGCUGGUGAGAGCAGUCAAGGUGAAGGGACUGGGGCAAAAGCCUCCCCUUGUGAAGAAUGUCCUAUGCGAGCUCAAACUCACCCUGGAAAAUGCCCAGGACGUGGUUAAGAAAUAUUCCUGCGCCAGCUACCUGAAGCGCAUCCUGAAGGCCUACGACCAGGGAGAUGAUUUUGGGAGUUUAAAUGAGCGUCUGAAUGAUGCGGCUCAGGGGCUGUCGCUAGCCCUGCAGGUGGAUCAGAGUGACGAGCUACUUCAGGAGUCUCGAGAGACGACACGAUGGAGAGAGGAUGAGGCUGACAGGGAGAGUGAUCGUCUGGAGCUGCAGAAAUUGCUACUAUCUCUGGCGGAGGACACGAAGGAAAGUGUGGACACAGUGCAUGAGAAAGUGAACUCCACUGAAAAAGAUGUGCAAGACAUCAAAGCCAUGUUGGAAACCUUAAUGAAGCCCAGUAUUUUUCAUGAAGACAUCAGAGAGAUCAAGCCAGAGGAGCUGAUCUACGACCUGCCCAAAGAGCCCUUCAUCAAAAAUGACAGCUCUGAAAUAUUCAAAGGAGAGUACAACAAAUUCACAGUGGCCAUCAAAAGAUACGCCUACUCAAGUAGCACAAGCCUGAGUCAGGUGAGAAGCRUCUUUAAAAAGGAAGUGGAGACUAUGAAACGCUUUGAGUCACCAAACAUCCUGCGAAUGUUUGGGAUCUGUGUCCAGGAUGAGAGCGGACCCAAUCCAAACUUCCUCAUUGUCAUGGAGUUUUGUGAGAAGGGCAGUCUGAGAGAGGUGCUGGAUUCCCAAAGGAAGCUGCCCUGGGACAGAAAGGCUCGCUUGAGUCUGGAUGCAGCUCGGGGCCUCUACAGAUUGCACCAGUCGGAGGAGAAGUUUAAAGUGCAUGGAUGCAUCAACAGCAGCAAGUUCCUGGUAGAUACCGGGUACAGAGUGAAGCUGGGAGGUUUUGAGCUGGCCAAAACCGAGACGUCAUUGAAGAGGACUAAGGACAGCAGUAGAAGCUCUUUAUGCUACAGCUCCCCUCAGCAGCUUGAGAGUAUUAAUCAUAAAUACAACAAGGAAUGUGAGAUGUACAGUUUUGGCAUUGUCCUUUGGGAGAUUGCAACCCGUGAGAUUCCCUUCAGAGACUGCUCACACMAAGAGGUGUAUCAGAGGGUGUGUCAAGACAAAUAUACUGAACCUCUUCCUGAAGACUGCCCUAAACAGUUGGGGGAACUGAUCAACGCCUGUCGCUCCUAUGACAGCUUCCAAAGGCCAACGGCAGGAGUGUUAGUGGACAAGCUCCGCAAAGUGGUUGAGCUGCUAGAGGAGGACUAACAAACAGAGGUUUCCAUCCCCAGAGUACUCCGAAGAGAGGAAUACCAAGAGCGGUUAUCAACCCCAGGUCAAAGGAAAACCAAUUUACUGUCUCAAAUUCUUUAUGGGAUUAAAACUUCUUCUGGGUCGGUAUCCCAUCCAUGGGACGGUUGUGCUAAUGUAGGCUAAUGCGAUUAGCAUGAGGUUGUAAGUAACAAGAACAUUUACCAGGACAGACAUAUCUGAUAUUGU